CUAUUCGCUUUCGUCUUAUUUAUGCAAGUCACGAAGAUUCUGGGGGUUAUCAAGACGCAGUAACUUAUCAAGCUAUUUUCGUCUCCCAACGAGGAGAUUUCUUUGCCCUCCCUUUCUCUUCACAAUGUAUUACUUUGUUUAGCUUCUCUUUUUGCUUUCGAUACUUCUUACUAAUCAACAUUUCGAAAUCCGUGACUUCGCGUCGUAUAAUGCAGUUCGUAAGUAAACUUACUAAAUAAAUAAAUGUGAUCCAAAUUAUAUCGCGUUCAGUCUCGUCUGGUAUACGAGGAUGGUAAAUUAAAGGACUGGUAACCUAAAUUCUAAAUACGCUACUGUUACUAAUACUUUCGUCCAGCACCGUAUGUGGCCAACUAUUGCGAUACGGUUUAACAUAGUAAUAGCGAGAUUUCAGUAUGUCACGUACCGUGGCAGCGUAAACAGUAAAGCUAAUUGUUAAAUCUGAUAUCGCUUGCUGAUAACAGCAACUUCCAGCAGCUGUGCAGUCCAUCGAUCGAUCCCUGAAAAAUAAAACGAAAACGAUGAGUCGCGAAUGGAACGAGUUGGCCGUGCAGAAAGUGCCGCCGAUGGAGCUUAAAUCUAAACUGCAGUUACCGGUAAAAACUUUGACGAGUCCGGGACCAACUAAUUGCUCGGAGCGGGUUCUUAACUCUUUAAAGAAUCAAAUAAUCGGUCAUCUACAUCCGGAAAUCUGUCAGUUGAUGGAUGAAAUUAAGCUUGGCCUUCAAUACGUGUUCCAAACGAAGAACAGACUUACUUUGGUACUGAGUUCAUCCGGCCAUAGCGGCAUAGAAGCAAGCUUGGGUAAUUUACUCGAGCCCGGCGAGACGAUAAUCAUCGUCAAAACUGGAAUUUGGGGUGAACGCGCGGCUGAGACAGCCAAUCGACUCGGUGCACACGUCGUGUUGCUGGAAACAAAGCAAAACGAGGCCGUUACGUUGGACGAAUUGGAAACCGCCUUGAUGAAACACAGGCCAGCGGCAGUUUUCAUGGUACAGGGUGAAUCAUCCACGGGCGUGAAACAACCAUUGGAAGGCAUGGGGGACCUUGUUCACAAGUACAAUGCUCUUUUGAUCGUCGACGUGGUUGUGUCACUUGUUGGCGAGCCGUUCUAUAUGGAUUCUUGGGGCAUCGAUGUGGCUUACACCGGCAGCCAGAAGGCCCUUGGUGCCCCCCCAGGACUCACACCGAUUUCGUUCGGUCCACGAGCAGAAGAGAAAUUGUUUCGAAGAAAGACGAAACCGUUCUCUUUCUAUUGGGACAUGUCAAUUCUCGGUAUUUAUUGGAAAUGUUUCGGGAACAAAGAUCGAGCGUAUCAUCACACGGUAAGUGUUACGCUUCUGUACGGUUUGCGAGAAGCCUUGGCUGAAAUUGCCGAAGAGGGUCUUCCAGCAGCUUGGUCCAGACACGCCGCCGCAGCUGCCAGAUUGAGAAAGGGUCUUGAAUUACGGGGUCUUCGCUGUUACGUGAAAAUUCCACGGUAUCAAUUAUCCACAGUGACCGCUAUAGAGCUGCCAUCUGGCGUCGACGAGAUGAUCAUUGUGCAACGAGCUAUGGCUACCUACAAAGUCGAAAUCGGUCGAGGCUUAGGACCUACCAUGGGGCAAAUAUUGCGAAUCGGUUUGUUGGGAAUCAACGCCAAGUCUGAAACAGUCGACCUUGUCCUGAGGGCUCUCGACGAAGGACUGAAACAUGCUUCACGACCAAAGUUAUAAAUAAAACUCAUCGAGUAUCGUUUAACCGUAAAACAAACAAUUUCGCGAUCAUUUACGAUCGUUAGGCAGUAAAUUACAAAGGCUUCUUGUUAGUAAUAAUGUAUGUUAUUCCAUUGCCCUUAGCGAUAAAUUAUUUUCUAAUAUUUUCAAAUACUUUGAACAAUUGAAUGACGAUUUCGGAUACCAUACAGAUUAUCGAGCCUGCAACUUCACGUUUGUUUGUCGAACAUUCGUACAGAUGGCAGUGCAAACGCUCAGUGAUUCUGCUCUUUGAUCUUUGUCUCUAAUUUCGUAAAGAAAAUAGAUCUAAUUUAUUAAAUUUUGUGUGAAUCACUGGGAAUUCACGAUCCUUACAUUUUUGUAAGCGAAACGAAUAUAUAUUUUGGUUAGAUAUUUAAAUAAAACACACGAACACGACAAUACGUAUUGUAAACUUGUUUUUGAGGUUAUACCAGAGAUUCAAAUUUUACCUGAUACUA